AACCUCCUGCUGGACUUCAUCUGGAUCAGGUGUGUGUGUGGAGAAUUGUGAAGAUUUUCUUCAGGUAUUGUCUCGUGUGGAACAGCAGAUGUUUCAGCUGGAACAACAGAUGUUUCAGUUGCUCCAGGAGUGUGUGAAAGGUGGUAGCUAUUCCUAGCUAUAUCCGGAUCUGGACUGACUCCUGGUGCAUCAAUGACUUGUCCCAAGACCUUUAUUCUGCGUUUAAAAAAAAUAACAUUUGUCAUUUAGUGUUACUUUCGCCUCUUGGAGUCAAAACAUUGCCUUCCUCAGUCUUUCAUCGUGCUCCUGCUGCGUCGUCCCCCAGAUGAGGACAUGAUCCAUCUGACAAAGGACCCCAUCCAGGCCCUCUAGAAUCUGUGUCAUGCGUUUCUGGAAGUGCUGUGGUGCCGCUGAAAUCCCAAAGUAGAGCCGAUUGUAGCAAUAGCGCCCAAAAGGUGUAAUGAAGGUGGUGAGCAGGGAAGACCUCCUUGACCAUAUGUAUAUUUAAUAAAGUCUUGAGGCUACACAGAAGCACGCGUGAGACAUCUCCAUCUUAGCAGGCAUUCUUCUGGGCAGUCUCCCAGUGGUUGCCAGGCUACAGCUACUCAAACCCAGGAAGAAGAGUGUUGAUUCUGUUUCAUGAUAAGAACGGCAGGGAGACACGUUUACAUCAGAAAUGACAACGACUCCUUUACCAGUUUUGGACGGAGACUCUUGUUCAAAACUUCAAAUGGAAGAACGAGUGAAAAAUGUUUUUGUCACUCAGCCGGAGGACCCGAGAGACAGGAAAAAAAAGAAGAUGUGCAUACCUGGUACAACAGAAACUUCAAGCAAACUCUUAGAGGCUGGAGUGAAAGCACUAAAAAGGACCCUUAUUGCAAGAAAACAGGCUGAGCUGCAUGAACUGGACGUGCAACUCGCCCUCAAAACACAAGACUUCAGGAGCUGCAUGGAGGCUCUUGCUAAUAGAAGGUCCGAGUUGGAAACUCAACAACAGCAGACUAAAGAGGAGGAGAUGAAAUUUGAGAAGUUUGUGGCUGAGAAAGAAGUGAAGCGACAAAGAGCGCUGAAACAGUGUGAAGCAACUUUGGAGCAGAACAUCCUGAAGCAGAGACAGAUUGAGGAUUUAACUGAACAACUGACAAAACUACAAACCAGGAGACACAUUGUAAAGCAGAGAACAGAAAAAAACAAAAUCUACGAGGAUUAUCUGAUGAAAACUCUGGAUCGUCUCCCUAGCCUUCCCCGCCACAACAAUAGCGAAUCUUUAGCCAUGCUGAUCAUUCGACGCCAUGAGACGCUGUCCUUCACCCACCAGGAGCUGCUGCAACGUUUGAGGCGAAUGCAGGCGGAGGUGGAGCGGCAGUGGCGGCAGCUGCAAAACAUGAAGCAGCAGCACAGCACAGCAACACUGAUGUCCAGUAAAGAACUUUCUGAACUGCACAGCGAGUUAGAAAGCCUGAAAGAGAAGAACAGGCAGGUUGAAGUUAACCUGGUGAUGAAACGAGGCGUAUCCAGAGAGAAGGUAGAGGAAGUUGGAAAAUUACUUAUGGCUGUCAACAAUCUUGCACAAGAGUGUUACAUCCCAGAAUUUGGACCGCUGGAAGGCAUGAGUGUCUUGACUAUGAUGGACAUGGUGAAGGAGUUUGUACUGGACAAGGCCGACACGGAGAAGAGAUUGAGGAAGCUGGAGUCCUGCUCCACCGCAACUCUGACCGACAAACGAUGGAGAAAGUCGCAGAAAAGCAUCGGCAGCAAAACUCAAAUCAAAAGCUCAAGUAAAGCCAGUAAAAUCAGCGACUCGUCCAACUGAUGCUGUCAUUU